CACUUCCGUAGGACUUUUAUAGGAACAUUCUGGGCUUUUUCGUGUUAUGUUGUGUCUGCCUUCGCAUCGCCACAUGCCUUGUAAUGACCUUCUGCUGACAUAAAAACUCCUCGUUUUAUUUUACGACAAUAUGAUAUUAAAUCAAGGUAAAAUGUUGGCAAGUAUAAUCGGACGUCACAUCCUUCGUAACUUUGGGAGAAUGCAGUGGAGUGGCCUCAUGCAGGUGUCCAGGAAGUUUGCCUGUUUAGGGCAGCGGACCACUCACUGUUCAACACUGUUUACUAGAGGUUUAUAUGGACAGCUGCCCGCAAGACAUGUUGCUGGUUCUGUUUUGGGAGCCCAGUCAUUUCACUGGUCUGCACACAGACUGAAGAAACGUCCUCAGGAAGAGAGUCCAUCAAGAGAACUUGAUUUGGUUCGUUAUGACAUGAGAGACCUGAAGAAAGCUCCAAAGCCAGCCCUCUAUCUCGGAUUAUCUGGUCUCGUACCUUUUGUAUCCGCUCCUCUACUUAUGGCUGUCACAGAGCUGUAUCUUCCUGAAGUUGCAUUUGCCCAAGUUGCAUACGGAGCAUCUAUUGUUUCCUUUCUUGGUGGGGUACGCUGGGGUUUCACCUUGCCUGCCGGGAGCCCAGCAAAACCUGACUGGCUCAAUUUAGCCAACAGUGUGGUUCCUUCUCUGAUUGCCUGGACAGCACUGCUUUUUUGCCAUGACAUUAUACAGUCUGCUGUGCUUGUGAUAAUGGGGCUUGGGAUAGCAUUGCAUUAUGACCUGUCCCUCCUGCCCACAUAUCCCAGCUGGUUUAAAGCCCUGAGGACCAUCCUCUCAGUUGUAGCCUUUUUCUCUUUGAUAGGCACUAUUGUCAUUAAGCAGUAUUAUCCUGAGAAGAAGUAUUUCAAUGAUAAAUGAACUGUGCAUUUGCAUAGUCAAUUCAUUAAUAUGAAAUAAGUUAAAAGUGUCAUCAUUGAUAAUAUUACACCAUAUUCUACAUGUUUGAAGGUGAUUCUGGCUAUUUUUCAGUUUUAAAUUCUGAUAACAUUUGCUUCCUUUUUAUAAAAUAUCAAUUUAGUUUCCUGUUGUUGUAGGUUAUUGGCCAUAAAGAUAAAAUAGUUUUUCUCACUUUUAAUAUGAAUUCACAUAUACUGUAUCAGUUAGAUUGUUUGAAGUAAAAUACUGCAAAAUAAAAACACCACAGUACUA